CGGAACUAUUGAUCAGCUGUACGACCAAAACAAAUCGUUUAAAUGGAUUUGAUGACUUACGUACCACAUUUUACAGAAGCGCCAAAUACAGAGCGUGCGCCAGUCAUUGAACAUAAGUGUAGGCAGCCGGUGGAACAGGAUGAGUUAAUGAAUUUGAUAAAAGGCAAUUCACUUUGGGCAAAGUUGCAGCGUUGGUUUUUAAGACAACGUAUAGUUUAUCCGAAACAUCCUUUAGCGCGUUUAUGUCUGAAAAGUACAACUGCAGUGAAUUAUGAAAUUUCAAGACAUCUCAAAUCCCACCCCUAUAUGAUACAUCCCUUCAGUUCGUUUAGAAUCAUUUGGGAAUCUUUCAUGACAGUAUUCACGUUUAUCGCCCUUGUAAUCACUCCAUUCUCCAUUACGUUCUACUUUGAGAAAUACCAGAAUUGGCAUUUACCAACUGACACAAUGAACAUAGUAUUCGUAUGCGAUAUUAUAACGUGGUUCUUCACGGGCUACUACGACUAUGGGACAAAAGUUGUAGUUCUUGAUCCUAAAAUAGUAGCACGAAAAUAUAUAAGAUGGUUCUUUGUGAUAGAUAUUCUUACCGUAUUACCUAUAGGAGUAUUUGAUGUACUUCUACCCAAGGCAAUUUGGUACUGCUCCACGUUCAACAUGAUGAAGAUAUUGCGCAUUCGCAAUAUCAUCGUUUACUUUCGUAGACUUCACGAUGUGUACAGAAUAAGUUUCCAGGUGUAUAAAAUUUUAGAAACAACCAUAGUUAUUUCAAUAGGUAUUCACUGGGCCGCUUGUAUGGAAUAUUAUGUUCCGCUAUCUGUUGAAAAAUUGGGCACGAUAAGUACACAGUCUUGGAUCAGGUCAAAGUAUUUUAUAAACAAAGAAACAACAUUCAAAAGGUACCUGCUAUGCCUGAAUCGUGCAAUUAUCGCGAUGGUUCGCUCUUCUCAUUAUUCGUCCAUUAAAACGCCAGAAGACAUCAUAUUGAACUUGAUAUUAACAAUUCUAGGAUUCAUUGGAAUCAUGUAUUUACUAACACAAUUCUCUCAGUUGAUGACAACCUUUCAUAUAACUAUUAAGCGUCAUCUGAAGAUAAUACAACAGCUGCAAGAAUACAUGCGAUACAAGGAAUUACCGCACUCCCUGCAACGUCGUUUAUUAAUAUUUUAUCACUACCGCAACAAAAGAGGCUUCGAGAGAGAUACAAAAAUUAUAAACGAAGUUUCACCCUACUUGCGAGAGCAAUUAAUUCUGCACAAUUACUUGAGACUGAUCGGCAGCGUGAAACUCUUCAAUCAUUUGCCAAAAACUGUGCUGGCACAGUUGACCAGCGUUUUACGUUCCGAGAUUUACAUGACCAACGAUGAAAUCGUUAAAGCUGGUACACGUGGCGAGGCUUUGUACUUUAUUUCUUCCGGUACCGUGGCGGUCUAUAACUCUACAGGCAAAGAGGUUUGCCACUUGGAGGACGGUACUUACUUCGGUGAAAUCGCCCUGGUGAUGGAUAGCGAGCAUAGAAUCGCGACGGUUAUCGCAGUGGAGACCUGCGAAAUCUGUUUGUUGCAUCGCGACGACUUCCAUCGAUUUAUAUCUCCAUAUCCGGAUUUGUUAAAUCGUUUGCAAAACGUCGCCUUCGAACAUUUGAAACAUACCCUCACGCUUGACGAAACCUCGAAUCUAGAAACCUCUGCUAUGCCACAGUAUAUUAAUAUUAGUAGCAUCAAAAGCAAACGAAAUAUCGAUCACACUAAAACAUGA